AUGCAAGAAUCACCUGUUCCCCCUUGGCAACGUUACAUUGCAAGAGAAUUAUGUAUUAGUCAAUCCUCUGUAUCGAGGAUAAUUAAACAAACCAACUUCGUAUUAAGAAAACUGCAGAAAUUAACAAAAGGAAAUGCUGACAAACGGCGCCAAUGUGCAAGACAAUUAUAUCGAAGUUUAGCUGUUGGUUCAGUUUUUGUUAGAACGGAUGAAUCCUGGUUCUAUUUAAGUGGUAGCGAAGGAAAAAGAAAGAUUUGUUACAUUAAGAGGUCAGAUCCCGAUUAUGGUCGUAUAAUAAUUCAACAACAUAGCUCACGUUCGAAAGAUUUUUUGGUCUGGGUUGGUGCAGCAAGUAAAGGGAAAACAGCAUUUCGCUUUGUUGAAUCUGGUGCUAAAGCAAAUGCGGAUUUAUUACAUUAA